AUGGCUCCCCGCAUCACCAUUCUCGGGUCCCUCAACAUCGACCUGGUCUCCUACGUCCCUCACCACCCUCUCCCCGGCGAGACCCUGACCUCCAAUGGCUUCAACUCCUCCCCCGGCGGCAAGGGCGCCAACCAGGCCGUCGCCUGCGCCAAGCUCUCCCGCACAUCCUCCCUCUCCGGCGCCACCGCCGACAUCUCCAUGAUCGGCGCCGUGGGCAACGACGCCUUCGGCUCCGUCCUCCGUGACAGCCUCCAGUCCUACGGCGUCGACGUCUCCGCCGUGGCCGUCCGGGACGCCAGCAAGACGGGCGUCGCCGUCAUCGUCGUCGACGAGCCCUCGGGCCAGAACCGCAUCGUCCUCUCCCCCGAGGCCAACCACUCCCUCCUCCCGGAACACUUCGCCCAGCUCCCCGCGCCCCUCCCCGACCUCCUCAUCAUGCAGCUCGAGAUCCCCUUCGACACCGUUAUGCAGGCCCUAAAGGCCGCGAAGGCCGCCGGAGUGCCCGUACUCCUCAACCCCGCCCCCGCCCAGGUCCUCCCCGCCAAGGCCUACGACGGGCUCGCCCACCUCGUCGUCAACGAGACCGAGGCCGCCCUCCUCUCCGGCAAGCCCGAGUCCGAGCUCGAGUCCCUCGAAGGGUUGCAGCGCGUCGGCGCACUCUUCCUCGACAAGGGCGUCCAGAACGUCAUCAUCACCCUCGGCGGCCGCGGCGUCUACUACGUCAACAGCGCCGGCAGGGGCGCCCUCAUCGAGGCCGAGAAGACCGUCGUGGUAGAUACCACCGCGGCCGGCGAUACCUUUGUCGGAUCGUACGCCCUCGCCGUCGUGGGCGCGACCGGCACGCCCUUUGACAUUGACGCUGCCAUCAGAGCUGCCAACAAGGCUUCAGCGAAGACGGUAGCGCGGAAAGGCGCUCAAGUCUCUAUCCCAUGGAAGGAUGAGCUGGAGUGA